AUGGGAGAUGAAGAAUGGAAUAUUUCAUGGAAUAGCGAUGAAUAUGUUAGAACUGUGGAACCUACAACGGCAGCAGAGAAUAAAAAAAUGCGUCAAGCAAGGAUUGCAGCGAGAACUGAAGCUCGUCGUAUGGAAAUGGCUAGGAAACGAACUGCUCGAAGUAGUGGUGGUACUCAAAUCACAUCCAAUAAUGAUGGAACCGUUCACUGA